AUGAAAACAAACUCUCCUCAAGCACCAGAUCCAUAUUAUAUAUUAAGAGGUCACAAAGCUCAUAUAAAUUCAAUUGUAUUUGAUAAACAAAAUUCAAAUAUAUUAUAUUCAGGUUCGGGAGAUGGCGAAUUAAAGCUAUGGAAUAUAGAAGAAAAGAAAUGCUUGUCCACUUUGGCUCCCCAUGUUGAGGGUGGUGUCUUAUCCCUACAAUCCACUCUGGGUGGUCAUUUAAUAAGUCAAGGUCGUGAUGGAACAAUUAAAAUAUGGAGUACUACCGAUGGUUCAACUUUAACAAAUAUUUUCAAAUUAGAAACAUAUUCAAUGUCUUUAGGAAAAUGUUAUUCGUUAUUGUCAUCUUUACCAUCAACAGAUAGCGGCUCCACCAAUUUACUUUCUAUUUCAUCUGAAGAAUCAAAAAUCGAUAUAUGGGAUUUAAAUAAUAAAUCAAUUAUUACCAAAUUAAAACCAACAAAUAAUCAAUUCUCUGACAAAUUGGGACUUCCAAUGAAUAUGAAAUUAAUAUCCUCUGGCAGCAAUGAUUCUAUAAGGCUAUGUGCUGGCUAUGAAAGUGGGGAAAUGUUAAUGUGGGAUCUCCGAAAUGAUUCUGUUCCAUUGGUAUCCUCAAAGCUUCAUAGUGAACCAAUAUUAUCAUUUGAUUUAUCAAAAGAUGGCAUUAGAGGUAUUUCUGGUUCUGGUGAUUCAAAUAUUAUAGAGUUUAACAUAAAUUACGAAACUAGAAAAUUCGAUGUUACCAAAACUCAUAAACUAAAUAACCCAGGUAUAUCAGAAAUUAAAAUAAGAAAUGAUGAAAAAAUUUAUGCAACUUCUGGUUGGGAUAAAAGAAUUCGUAUUUUCAAUUUCAAGAAACAAACACCGUUGGCUAUUCUCAAGUAUCAUAGUGAAAGUGUUUAUUCUAUCGAUUUUAGUGGUGAUAAUAUUUUGGCAUCAGCUUCAAAAGAUUCAAGAAUUGCUUUGUGGGAUAUAUAUAGAACAAAACAAUAA